CAUAUUUGGCUUUGCAUAUAUCAGUAAUGGCUGGAGACAGCAUUGUUCCUAAGCCUGAGCCUGAGCAUGAGAAGGAGGGUUUUCAGGCCUUCUUCGAGUGCUGGAUUUCUGAACAAAACCAAAACCUCGAGGACCUCGUCGUUGCCUCCAAAAGGCACCAAAACAAAGCUGCAGACGACAAUGGUGAUGAUGAUCAGGUGUUGUUAAGUUCAUUGGUAGAGGGAGUGAUGAAACAUUAUGAAUCUUACUACAAUGCAAAGUCGCAGUGGGUCGAGCAAGACGCACUGGAAAUGUUGUCUCCGCCAUGGACGAGCUCAUUGGAACAUGCAUUCCUUUGGUUAGGUGGCUGGCGACCAAGCAUGGCUUUUCAUUUGCUCUACUCAAAGUCUGGGAUGCAGCUAGAGGCUUGUUUUGCUGAGUUGAUGCGAGGGUCGAGCUUGAGCACCGGUGACUUGGGUGAUCUCUCACAGUGCCAGCUCACCAUGGUGGACAAGUUGCAAAGGAGGACUAUCGAGGAGGAGAAGCACGUAUCGGAAAAGAUGGCCAAACUUCAGGAGACUAUGGCUGACACUGCAAUGGUUGAGCUGUCGCAUGUGGUCUCCGAGAUGAUGAGGAACAAUAAUGGCCAUGAAGAAGGAAUUGAUGAUCAAGAGAAGCGAAUUGAGUCCACUCUAGCUUCCAAGGAGGAAGGUUUGGAGAAGAUUUUGCACAAGGCUGAUGACUUAAGAUUGAGAACACUUAAUAACAUCACACAAAUUCUGAGUUCAAUCCAGGCCGUUCAUUUCUUGAUUGCUGCUGCAGAGUUGCACUUGAGGCUUCAUGACUGGGGCAAAAUGAAAGACGCCUCAAGAUACUAAUGUCAUUGCCACUGCUGGUGAUCGGAACCUCGGAUGCUGUUUUUCUAGCAUAGAACUUUUCUCGGUUGUUCUUUGAUUCAGUGUGUUAGGAUCGUAUUUUGUCCCAUUACUGUCAAAAUGUAUCAUCCUUUCAGGCAAAUGUUUCUAUAUAUUAUUAUAUAUUUGUGUCCAA